AUGGGAGAAAUCGUAACCUCCUCUGAGACUAUGAAAGACGUCGGAGGAUCAAGCACGAUCAAAUGUCCAAUGCUGAAUAAUACUAAUUAUACAGUUUGGAGCAUUCGGAUGAAACUUGCGUUGGAAGUACAUAAGGUUUGGGAAGUGAUAGAAGGAGAAGACAUAACUGAUGAAGAUAAGAAGGUCAAAGCAGAGAAAAAUUCCAUGGCGAAGGCAUUAUUGUUUCAAUCUAUACCAGAAGCCAUGAUAUUGCAGCUCGGAGGACUUGAUACAGCUAAGAAGGUUUGGGAAGCGAUCAAGGCACGGCAUGUAGGAGCAGAAAGAGUCAAAGAAGCAAGAUUGCAAACCCUAAUGUCUGAUUUUGACCGACUAAGAAUGAAAGACGACGAGACAAUCGACGACUUUAGUGGCAAACUCUCAGAGAUAUCAUCAAAAUCGUCUGCUCUAGGAGUAAUCAUCGAAGAACCUAAACUCGUGAAGAAAUUUUUAUCUAGUAUCCCGCGGAAAAAGUACAUCCACAUGGUGGCGUCUCUCGAACAGAUGUUGGACUUGAACAAAACCAGCUACGAAGAUAUUAUAGGCAGAAUGAAGGCGUAUGAGAAGCGUAUUUGUCAUGUCCCAAGUUCUAGGUAA